UCUUUCAGGAGUACCUCAUUAGAUGUGGAACCAAUUUAUACAUUCAGAGCCCAUAUUGGACCUGUACUGUCUUUGACUAUUAGUUCUAAUGGUGAGCAGUGUUUCAGUGGUGGAAUUGACGCUACAAUACGAUGCUGGAAUAUGCCAAGUCCCAAUGUUGAUCCAUAUGAUACAUAUGAUCCAAGUGUCAUAUUAAAUACCUUGGUGGCGCACAAAGAUGCAGUAUGGGGUCUUUCAUUUAGUGGUAUAAAGAACCGUUUGCUGUCUUGUUCAGCAGAUGGCACUAUUCGGUUAUGGAACCCAACUGAGAAGUCACCUUGCCUUUGUACAUACAAUGUAGAAGGGGAAAAUGGAAUCCCUACAUCAGUUGACUUUGUAGGUGCUGAUCCUGCACACAUUUUGGGUUCCUUUAAUAGUGGCAACACUGUCAUUUAUGAUAUUGAAACUUCUCAGCCUUUAGUGAUGUUGGCAUCGCAGGUAGACGCCGCUUCUCCUUUAGCCAAUCAGAUUAAUAGAGUUGUCAGUCAUCCCACAUUGCCCGUUACCAUCACGGCUCAUGAAGAUAGGCAUAUUAAGUUUUUUGAUAAUAAAACGGGUAAAUUGAUCCAUGCUAUGGUCGCUCACCUGGAUGCUGUUACUAGUCUGGCAGUAGAUCCUAAUGGAAUCUACUUGAUGUCUGGAAGUCAUGAUUGUUCUAUACGUCUUUGGAACCUGGAUAGCAAGACAUGUGUGCAAGAAAUUACUGCUCAUCGGAAAAAAUGUGAUGAAUCUAUUUAUGAUGUAGCUUUCCAUCCAUCAAAAGCAUAUAUUGCUAGUGCAGGAGCCGAUGCCCUUGCCAAAGUAUUUGUGUAACAACUGCUAAAAUAUUUUUGCCCCAUCAUAGCAGGUGAGCUGGAAAUUAACAGGAAUUGCUUCACUGCCAUUAGUUACUCGGUUAUUAUGUAACACUAAGUACUACUCUGUUCUGCCUGGGCAAUGCUCUUCCUGAUAGACUAUCAUAGGCAGGUGUCUAGUGGCGCAGUAUCACCAAAUCCUUGAAUAAUGUCAGGCAAAAUCAUUUAAUUGUAAUUACUGUAUCUAAAAAAAAAAAACCCAGUAUUUGUAGCCUUGACUGGAUUUGAACUGAGCUACUUUACUGUAAUGUAGAUGUUUUCAAAGUCACGUGGAAGUUACUCUUACAACAGUAAAUACUUUGGACUCUUGUGUCCUGCCUUAUGGUUGAGAUUGUGGUGCAAUGGUGGGCAGUGAAUUUACAACUAAACCAUAGAACGUCAUCCUUCAAUUCCUUUUAUUAAUUUUCCAACAUCAACAUACUUUUAGUCAACUUUAAGCAUUAAAAAAUAAAUUAAAUAUAUUUUAAUCUUCGUUUUGCAGAAUUUUUGACAGGAUGUCUAGUUUUUAUAAGUCUUUUGUAUAAUUUUCCUGUCAGAAUAAUGCUCCAAAUAGGGUUAAUACUGAAAUGUUUCAUUUGGUUAAAACCCAAACCAUCCUCACUGACCCACUAUUAUGUAACUACAUUCUUCCCUUGCCCAGCUUAAAAUCCUCAGUGAAUCCUUCCAUAUGGAUGCUAUUUUAACAUCACUAUAAAAGCUGUUAAGUGUAAUCAUUGAAGACUGUAAAUGUGUUGCGAUGAAACACAGGGGGUUUAAUACCCACAAUUAACUCUUUUAAAAAAAAUUGCAGCAUCCUAUCACUAUGUGAUAUUUUGUACAUCAUACUGUAUUUACAAGUUUAUUUAUCAAGGGUUAACCAUCUUAAUGCUAUUGGCCUACUGUUAUUUAUUUCAUUUUUCUGUUGGUCUUUAUAUCCCUCAUGUUUUGUGUGUGUUAAUGAGUCCUGUAUAUCUUUGUCUAGCAUGGGACUUUUACAGAAUAGAGAGCUCUAAAUAUAGGUUUAAAAUGGAACACUGUUUAUAUUACAGCCCAGGAUUUCCUGUCAGAUUACUUGCUUUAGGGGCUUCACCCUAAUCCUGUGUAACUGAAAAAAAAUGUGUGAAAUCUGGAGUGAAAAGGUUUUAUUUUGGAUUAAAUAUAGAAUAUUGAAAUAGCCAAAUCAAGAUUCAGAAAUCUGCUGUGUUUGGUCUAGCUAUCCCAGCUUUACAAAGUGCUUCAGUUAAUGGUGUAACUAAACAAUUUGUUUGUGUAAUGCAUGAUUAAUACAAUAAAGUAUUUUUUCUAGUCUUCCACAGAUUUCUGAUGAGUUUGCAAGUUCUGAUGAGUUUUGUAAGGUUUUGUUUUACAAUACAUGAUUAAGUAAAUUUUUAAUAUUGUACCACAUAGCUAAUUACAGCUGUUUAAAAGUAAUGUAUAUAAAAUGCAUAUAAUAAAUAUUAAAUGGUGUACCUGUA